CUCAAAUUUUAUUACAGUUUGGAAGUCAAGGAAGAUCAGCUGUCUUCAUGUACACAAUAAAGGCAGCUUUCAGGCUGUAUCAAGUUGUGCCCCAGAAAUUAAUCACAUGGAUGACGCCUGUAGUUCCCGUAUGGGAGAAUUACCUCCGGUAACAAGCAAAUCUUCUGGUGUGACAUAUGCCAAUAUAUUCUGUGCUUUUUGCAACGGAGAUUAUGAUUUGCAGUACUGGGAUGUUGAAUACAGAUGCGAAGAGGAAAACUAUUUAAUACCUUCUCGCAAGCAGCAGAAUCGUGGUAGUAUGUAUAACUCUCAGAAGGAGGGGAAUUGUGAAUAUUACGCUCACAAGAAUCAUUUCACCUUUCUCGACAAUUUGGAGCUCAGAUCUUGUAGUUCGACUGAUCAAAUCUCCAGGUGUUCUCUGUCAUGGACAACACGUUCUGUAUCGCAGCUUUGCCAGUCUUACUCAGACCCUGUUUACGUAAAUAGUAAGCUGUACAAGAAUUUACAUUGCGCCGAAUGCAAUUACGAAGCUUUGACUUCCGCGAAAUGUCAUCCGGCAAUUGUCGAAAAUUUGCUAGCUACAGGAAUGAAUGCCAGAGGAAUUUAUCAGUUGUGUAAAGAAGAGAAAUUUGACGAUUGUUUAAAAUAUAUGCACGAUUCUGGUAAGGGUAAAGAUUUUCGCCUUCGAGAUCUCUUCAAAACAUAUGGCAAAAUAUGUAUUCCAAUACCACCUAAACUCUGUUGUGAUGGACAAAUAUACGAUCCGCGUUCUCAACGUUGUCGCAAACUUAUUCGAGGAAGCUCUAGAUACUAAUUUGUUAAUAAACAAUUAGGAAAUUCUUACGAACUCAACAAAGAAAGAUGAAAUAAAGAAAAAUUAAUUAAAAUUAGAGUUCUUAAUUCUUUCCAAUAACAUCUUUUCAGACUCUUUGUUACCUAUCUGGGAGCAAAAGAUAAUUUUGAAUAGACAUUUUAGUUAAAACAGAACAAUUUAGUAGAAAAACAUUUAUAUGAAUAUGUAUAAAUAUUUAUGUACGUUUAUAAUAAAAGCAAGUUAUAGCAUCAUACAGAAAUUCAUGAUUAUAGACCUUUUCCAAAUUUAUUUAUUAUUAAUAAGUAAUUCCAUUUUCUCAAACCUUUUUUUAACUGGCAAGUGUUUCCUUAAUUGGCAUUAAUUGAGAAUUCCUAAGCAUUUAACUAAAAUUUAUUCAUUAAUGGAGGUUACUUUAUUAAGAAUUAACAAAAGUUUCUUUAACAUUUAAUUUUCUUUAAUUUCAGGCAGAUUACUGCCUUUCUUAAAUGAGGCACAGUACAAUAUGAGUUAACAGGAUAAUUAAAAAAUAGAAAAAACAUGUUGAAAUAUAUUUAAAAUAAAGAGAAGUACACUUUUGAAUUGAGAUGAAAUUGUCGAGGCUAGAAAGAACUGAAAUGCAACAGUGCGACUGAGAUGAAAACUCUUUUAAUUUAUAUUCACAUUCCUUGCAUCUUCUGCAAAUCGGUCUAAAUGGUGACCUCAGCUUGCGAAAUUCUAGCUAUAGAUACGCUCCAUAGGUGGAAAGUACUCGGAGACUUCUUGCUUCUAGACUAAUCUCCGUUGAAUUCUGCUUGAGGUAAAUACCUCGUAUUCACAAAAUCUAAUAUUAAAAGGUAAGAAGGGAAUUUACAGAAAAGUGAGGUUGUAAAGAAUUUCUCCUUUCUUGCCGUAUACUUUCGUGAUGGCUGCCCACCUAGUAUGGUAACGCUAGUUGCCGUAAUUAUUUCCGAAUCCCGGAUUUCAUAUAAUUCUGGUACCAGAAUCCAGAUCUUCCUAACUUUGCAGUUUCAUGGCCGUCGCGUCCCCGAAAUCACUCUGAUUCCAGUAUGAUUCCGAAAUCUAAUGUGUACGAAUUAAAUACAAGAAACUUGUCAGAAUUGAAAGACGCCGUAAAAAGUGAAGUUAUACAUACAGAUUCCACCUGCGAUGUGACGAUCAUUAUUGUUGUCAACAGUCUCCCGCAUGCAAUCUACAAAGAAGGGCAAACUGAAAACUUGUAAUUCCAAUAAAAAAUUUUUCUCUCUCC